CAAAUAAGUCGAUAUGUGCAUUUAUGAACUAACAGGUGUACAAAGGUGCACGUUGUGGUUUCCUUUCGGAAGGAAAAGUUAUUUGUGUCAUGAAAACAGAUUUAAGUAAUGACUUGGGUACACUUUUUUUAAAGGCCACGGACUAACAAACCUCAAGAACAUGCAUCAUUCCUCCAGUAUUGAUUUAACAAAGAUAUAUAUUCUUUCAAUAUUAUUUUAUCGUAUUCUUCCUCCACAAAGUAAACCCGUGAAUGCAAUAAGCAUUAAAAUGGGAAUGAAUCAAUAAUCCCAGAAAAUUGAUAUGGUUUGAUCAUCCCGUCAGCGUGUGCAAUAUUUAAGAUUAUUCUUCCACCAAACAACAAGCUGUCUGCUUACACACCCACAGAAAUCUGUUUACUCAUUAAAUUUCUUCACUCCAGUUCGACAAGUCCAUCGUCAUGCUUAAUCCAAUCCAAGUGUUUGGCAAGAAUGCACUCUAAAUAAUGUGGGGAAUGGAUGACCCCUCAGUACAAUCCUAACAGGAUGGAAAGCAUCUCAGGCAAAUUUUUGGACGUCCUUAUCUUAUCGAUUUGGCUAAUGUCGCCGGCUCCCUUGUCUAACACACCGAUGUAUUGGAAUCAGCCAUACUUACCGUUCUUUCUACCCUCACUCCUACCCCCGGCGGAGGACGAUAAAAUGUGGGACUUCGCCAUAACGCAUAACUACUGGGUCAAAAUUAGCUAUGCUGCUUUCAAUACCUUUUACUCGAUAGCAGUUGGUCAACUGUUCCUGGUAGCUGCUGUCUUCCCAUCGCUGUAUACGCUAACCAUCCUGCCCCUGGUUAAAAAUGAAUUUCGAUUAAACCAUGGCAACUCCAAGUACAAGUGGAAUACUUACAAAGUCCUGCGUUCCGUGACCUACCUCCCCAAAGAGUACAACAACGUCCAACUAAUGCACAAACAAAUUAAUCGAAGCAUUACUUACGUCGUGAUGGUGAUGCAUUGGGAAUUUCUGCAAAUUAUUCUGUCCCUGAAUUUCAUCCUACUAAAAAAUUGGAACUCGCUAGACAUAUUUUCCAAAAUCCAAUUAGUCAUAAUGUCGGUGAUGUGUAUGAUGGCGUGGACAUGUGGCUUAGAAAUUAUCGGGCGUUUCCACCAAAUGUCGAUAACCACUCUGAGAUCUUGGGAGAAUUUGAUGUUUCGAAGGGUCGAAGAGAAAAAAUAUUUCAAAAAGUAUGCUAAAACGUGCCAGCCAUUAGUUGUUGGUCUUCGUGGGGUGUUUACGAUCAAGAGACUUACCGUCUUGAAAUUCACCCGGGCUGUGGUCAAGGGAACCUUUAAAGCGGUACUUACAAUUGGAAGGAGAUGAAAUAUUUAAUCGAAAGUGAGUUGUACGCAAAUUUAUUGCCUAGAGCUGUAAAUAACUAAUUAUGCUGCUAAAUUCGUAAAUAUUACCAAAAAAAUUUGCAAGUUUGGAAUUUCAUAAACUUUUUUAAAGUUUUUAAAGUUUUAGAAAAUUUUACAAGCAUUCGACUUCAUUUGUCGUAUUUGAUUUUUUGUGGUCACCUCUAUGCUUUAUAGAGGUACAAAUUGUCCCCUAGUUUGCGGUUUAGUGUGAAUAUUAUGUAUUUAUGUGUUCAUACCUGUGUUUAAUUAAGUAAUCUGUAUACAUACAUAUUUAUGUAAAUAUGUUGGAUUUUGCAAAAAUGCUUCGGCCGGACGAUUAGA